AUGGCGGUGCCACCAUUGCUGCAGCUUGCCGUCGCCACGCUCCUCCUCAUCGUCCUCGCCGUCGCCCCUCCCGCUGCCUCCAUAGCCCCUGGCUCCCCCGUCCCGCCGCUGGUGGCGCGCCUCCACGCCUUCCCCGUCACCCUCGACGGUGGAGAUGGCGGCCAGGACGGCGGCGGCGGCGGUUUUAUGGAGUGCUGGGACGCGCUGGUGGAGCUGCGGUCGUGCACGAACGAGAUCGUGCUCUUCUUCGUCAACGGCGAGUCCUACAUCGGCCCCGAGUGCUGCCUCGCCAUCCGCGGCGCCACGCGCCACUGCUGGCCCGCCAUGCUCGCCUCCGUCGGCUUCACCGCCCAGGAGGCCGACGUCCUGCGCGGCUUCUGCGACGCCGAGGCCGGCGCCGGCGCUCAGGCCCCCCCGCCCGCAGUGCCGGCGCCGGCGCCGGCGCCCGGGAAGGCGUAG